AUCGACCGCUUUAUUUUUCUAGUGUGGCUAACCGCUGUUGCCAUUCAAACGUUUAUGCUUCACUGAACUCAGUUUUAGUGGAUAGAAAUAUCCCUGCAAAACACCAGUUUGUAAAUAGAGGGCUUUCUUUACUGAUUAAAAAGUUUGCGUGUUACGUUUGAACAAUGUCAAGGCGAAGACACAGCGAUGAGAAUGAUGGAGGUUCCCAACCUCACAAAAGGAGGAGAACAUCUGAACCUAUUGAGAUCGAGGACCGUCUGGAGUCGCUGAUAUGCCGAGUGGGAGAAAAGAGUACGUCCUCCUUGGAGAGUAAUUUGGAAGGUCUUGCUGGUGUCCUGGAAGCUGAUCUCCCGAAUUAUAAAAGCAAAAUCUUACGCAUCCUAUGUUCUGUUGCAAGGCUUUUGCCUGAGAAGCUGACGGUAUACAGCACGCUGGUGGGGCUUCUCAAUGCUCGCAACUAUAAUUUCGGAGGAGAGUUUGUGGAGGCCAUGAUUCGACAACUUAAGGAGACGCUGAAGUCAAACCUGUACACUGAGGCGCUUUACCUGGUGCGUUUCCUGAGUGACCUGGUGAACUGUCACGUCAUUGCAGCUCCCUCCAUGGUCGCUAUGUUCGAAAACUUUGUCAGUGUUACACAGGAAGAGGACAUUCCACAGGUGCGGUCUGAUUGGUAUGUAUACGCCGUGCUGUCGAGCCUCCCAUGGGUUGGCAAGGAGUUGUACGAGAAGAAGGACGUAGAAAUGGAUCGCUUGCUCAACCAAAUCGAGGGCUACCUGAAGCGGCGACAGAAGAUUCAUGUUCCCAUGUUGCAAGUGUGGACUGCAGAAAAGCCCCAUCCACAGGAAGAGUAUCUAGACUGUCUCUGGGCUCAAGUGCAAAAGCUGAAGAAGGACCGCUGGCAAGAGCGGCACAUCCUGCGGCCGUAUAUCGCAUUUGACAGCGUGCUGUGCGAAGCCCUGCAGCACAACCUGCCCCCCUUCACCCCUCCAGCCCACUCGGAUGACGCCGUCUAUCCAGUGCCCCGCGUUGUCUUUCGCAUGUUCGAUUACACCGAUGCCCCAGAGGGGCCGGUAAUGCCAGGCAGUCAUUCGGUUGAGCGUUUUGUCAUCGAAGAGAAUCUGCACUGUAUCAUCAAGUCCCACUGGAAAGAGAGGAAGACCUGCGCUGCCCAGUUGCUCAGCUACCCUGGCAAAAACAAGAUACCCCUUAACUACCACAUAGUGGAGGUGAUAUUUGGGGAGUUAUUCAUGUUGCCUGCUCCACCCCACAUUGAUGUCUUGUACACGUCAUUACUCAUUGAGCUCUGUAAACUACAGCCGGGCUCCUUACCACAAGUCCUUGCUCAAGCCACAGAAAUGAUGUACAUGAGACUGGACACAAUGAACACCGUGUGUAUAGACCGACUCAUCAACUGGUUCUCACAUCAUUUAAGUAACUUCCAGUUCAGAUGGAGCUGGGAUGACUGGGCUGACUGCUUGACUCAGGAGCCUGAAAAGCCCAAACCCAAGUUUGUUAAAGAGGUUUUGGAGAAGUGUAUGAGAUUGUCAUAUCAUCAGCGGAUAGUGGACAUCGUUCCUUCUGGUUUCUCCACUAUGAUUCCUGCUGAUCCCUUGUGUCACUAUAAAUAUGGAGAUGAGACCAGUGCUUCAUUGCCAGGAUAUGCGGUGUCAAUCACAGUAUCUAAUGCGAUCAAAAACCGAGCGUCAAAUGAGGAGAUUCUCACCAUAUUAAAAGAUGUACCAAAUCCCAACCAGGAUGAUGAUGAUGAUGAGGGCGACACUUUCAACCCUCUGAAGAUUGACGUUUUCCUACAGACGUUGCUUCAUUUGGCUGCCAAGUCCUUCAGUCAUUCUUUCAGUGCUCUGGCCAAGUUCCACGAGGUCCUAAAGAACCUAACAGAGAGCGAUGAGGGGAAACAGCACAUCCUCAGGGUUCUCUAUGACUUCUGGAGGAACCACCCACAGAUGAUCUCCGUCUUAGUGGACAAGCUGAUUCGGACUCAGAUCGUGGAUUGCGCGGCCGUGGCCAACUGGAUUUUCUCUUCUGAUAUGGCUCACGAUUUCACCAGGUUUUACGUGUGGGAGAUUCUUCACUCGACCAUCCGGAAGAUGAACAAACACGUGCAGAAGAUCCAGAAAGAGUUAGAUGAGGCGAAAGAAAAGCUGGAAAAGCAACAAAACAAAAAGCAGCGGGACAGUGGCGAUGAAGAGGACAUGGAGAAGAACAGUGAGGAUGAGGAAGGUCAGUUAGAGGAGCAGAUCGAGAAGCUUCAGGAGAAAGUAGAGUCGGCCCAGAGCGAACAGAAGAAUCUCUUCCUUGUUAUUUUCCAGCGCUUCAUUAUGUUACUGACAGAACACCUGGUUCGCUGCGAGACCGGCAGCAUCGACAUCAACACCACCUGGUACAAGAACUGCAUCGAGAGGCUGCAGCAGAUCUUCCUCAUGCAUCAUGUGAUCAUCCAGCAGUACAUGGGCACCCUGGAGAACUUGCUUUUCACAGCCGAGCUUGACCAUCACAUCCUGGCUGUGUACCAGCAGUUCUGUGCUCUGCAACUAUGAAUGCCCACAAUGCAUCACUUCAUCAACCUGCCUGUUUAUGGUUUAUGUAUCAUUUCAAGGUUAGCUGCAUCUACGGGGAAUCUUCGAAAUGAUGGUUUUCUCUGUUGUAGUGGUAUUGAAAUUCGUCAGACCCUUUUUAGGGCACAUAUGUAUGUGUUGUUUUUAUUUUUUUCCUUUUUUUAAAUUUCGUGUAAUUGGCCAUUCCUUGGAAAAGUGUCAGUCCUUUGAAACGCCCAGUGUUUAGGAAACGGUAAGGGAGAGCUGUGUUUUACUCCAGCACCCUUCAUAUAAAAUUAUUCUGCAGAAUUUUUAUGCGUUUUACGUCAUUUUGAUGGAGAAAUGACUCGAUUGAAUUGCGAUACAAUGUUGUGAGCCUGUAUUAUGAAUGGUGUGCCUCUGUAGAGAACAUUGAGCCCUUAAGUUUUGAAUGAUGAAUGUCUUCCUCUUUUUUUAUAUAAAAAACCUACAAACAAAAAUAUCCGUUUUUGUCUGUUGUUUUUGAACACCUCCCAUUAAGGUUGAAUGCAAAAUACACUAGGCAACAUUUGAAGUGGAUCAAAACCUUUCUUAAAAUGAUCUUAAAACCAAUACCUAAUACCUGUUCUUGUCUAAGGACAACUUUAAUGAACGUUUUUGAUCCACUUCAAAUGUUGAUUAGUAUAUAUUGAGUUGAUAUGUUUACAAAAUCACAUCUUCCCAAGUCAAAUGAAAGAUUGAUUUUGUCUACACUGUCAAGAAAUGGCCCCAAGCUGUCACUGGGGGAGGUACCCUUUUAAAAAGAAAAACUUUGCACCUAUAGGGGCGGUUUCCCAGACACGGUUAAGAUUAGUCUAGGCUUGAAUUAUAUUAGGACAUUUAUGUAGUUUUUACAAACAAACCUUACAAAAACAAUACAGGUGUGCAUCUCGAGAUAAAACAAUGGUACUAAUAUAUGUCAGUGCAAGAUAUUUUUUAAAUUAAAGCAGCUCAAACGUGCAUUUUAGUCUGGGACUAGGAUAAGUCCUGUCUGGGAAACCGCCCCAAAGAUUUUAUCAGUACCUCAGAUGUACAGACUGAUACAAAGAGGGCUUAUUAGCAACUCUAAAUUACAUAUUGGUACCAUGUUAGUACAGUGAAGGCUGGGGUAAAUACAGUACCAUGCAAAAGUCUUAGGUUACCAUGCCACCAUUAGAUUUCCAUUAGAUUCAUAUAUCAUUAUUUCUCAGUCUCUUUAUAUAAAUACAACCAGAAAAUUUGUGUGUAGUAUUAAAAACCGUAUAAGUACCAAGUGUUUCAAGUAAAUUGCCCUUCCACUUGAGCAAUAGCGGGCAAGUGCAGGAUCUCUUAAACGUAAAUUUAACUAAAUCCUAAUUUUAAUUCAAGAUUUCAGUCUACUUAAAAAAAGCUCUAGAUGUUUUUUCGUGCCAAGAGAUGUAAUGCUUAAAUAUUGACUGAUGCCUUAUGAAGACAUAUAGUUCUGAAAGUUUUGUUUUUAAUUUUGUGUACAUAUUUUCUGUUUGUAUUUUAAUAUAAAGAGUGACAUAAAUAUGAAUAAAACUUU